AAGGCAAAAUGCCCGUAAGAUCACCGCAGACUAAUCAACAACAAGCCGCUAACAGAGUCAAUACGAAUGGUGAUUCGCUGCACUUCGGAGCUGAGGACGAAAUAGUCAUCAGCGGUAUUUCCGGACGAUUUCCGGAAUCCGAUUCCAUCGCUGAAUUCAGAGACAAUCUAUUCGCCGGUAUAGAUUUAAUCACAGACGACGAUCGACGAUGGCCCGGCGGUCUGCACGGUCUCCCAGCCAGGACCGGGAAACUCAAAACGUUGGAUCGUUUCGAUGCAAAUUUCUUCGGAGUGCAUGCCAAGCAGGCCGAGGUCAUGGACCCGCAGUUAAGACUGCUCCUGGAAACCACGUACGAGUGUAUCGUUGACGCCGGCGUGAACCCCGACCACGUCCGCGGAUCGAAAACCGGCGUGUUCGUCGGCACGUUCCUCAGCGAGACCGAGGACUAUCUGAACAGGACGCCGGACCGCGUCAACGGGUACGGGCUGACGGGUUGCAGCCGGGCCAUGUUCUCCAACCGCGUGUCGUACGCGUUCGACUUCAACGGGCCCAGCUACGCGCUGGACACGGCCUGUUCCGGUGGUCUGUUCGCGCUGGCGCAGGCGUUGCACGCGAUGCGCACCGGCCAGUGCGACGCGGCCGUGGUCGGCGGCGUCAAUCUACUGUUGCGGCCCACCAGCUCGUUGCAGUUCCACAAGUUGAGCAUGCUGUCGCCGCGGGGCAUGUGCCAGGCGUUCGACACGAAAGGGAACGGGUACGUGAGAAGCGAAGCCGUCGUGACGGUGUACCUGCAGAAGGCCAGCGCGGCGAAACGCUGUUACGCUACGGUCGUCGAGGCGCUGACGAACAACGACGGUUUCAAGGAGCAGGGCAUCACGUUCCCGAACGGCGCGAUGCAAAACAAACUCAUCCGCGAAGUGUACGCCAAGUGCGGCGUCGAUCCGAAAGAAGUAGCUUACGUGGAAGCGCACGGAACCGGCACCAAGGUCGGCGAUCCGCAAGAAGUGAACUCCAUUGCUGAAUUUUUCACUAAAGAUCGUACGUCGCCUUUGUUGAUCGGUUCCGUCAAAUCAAACAUGGGUCACUCCGAACCUGCUUCCGGUCUCUGUUCGUUGGCGAAGAUUGUCAUUGCUCUCGAAUCGGGAUGCAUUCCUGCAAAUCUUCAUUUCGCAACCCCUAAUCCUAACAUUACGUCGUUGUUGGAUGGCAGAUUACAAGUUGUGAAUAAAAACUGGGAGUUCAAUGGCGAAUAUGUGGCGUUAAACUCAUUUGGGUUUGGUGGUGCCAACGCUCACGUCUUGCUUAAGUCCAACUCAAAAACGAAAACGAGUAACCCGAUUAUCAAUAAUGUACCGCGUUUAAUUACUGUGUCUGGCAGAACGAAGGAAGCGGUUAUCAACAUGUUGAAAAAUGUUUCUGAAACACCAUUAGACGAUGAAUUUAUUGCCUUGUUACACGAUCUUCAUUCUAACAAUAUCAACGGACAUGAAUUCCGAGGAUAUUCAUUGCUUGGAAAAUCAGUUUCAGAAGUAUCUGAAGUAAAAUCGACUAAGAGAUCAGUGUGGUAUAUAUUUUCGGGCAUGGGAAGCCAAUGGGCUGGUAUGGUCGAAGGGCUUCUCCAACUGGAACCGUUUGCCAGAACUAUUAAAAAAGCUGCUGAUAUCCUUCUAGGUCAAGGUUUAGAUUUAAUGAGUAUCCUAAAUUCCAAAGAUGAUGCAACUUUUGACAAUGUUCUUAACUCUGCUGUAUCGAUAACCACUGUGCAAGUGGCCUUGGUUGAUUUAUUAAGAGCAAUCGGUAUUGAAGCCGACGGUCUGAUUGGCCACUCAGUUGGUGAACUUAUUUGUGCCUAUGUUGAUGGUUCAUUUAGCUUUGAACAAACAAUAUUGACUUCAUUCUUAAGAGCCCGUAGUAUUAUGGAUUCUAAAUUAAUCAAAGGAUCAAUGGCUGCUAUUGGAUUAUCUUGGGAAGAAACUAAAAAGAGAUUACCUUCCGAUUUGGUUGCUGCUUGUCAUAAUAGCGAAGAUAGCGUGACAAUAUCAGGUCCACCCAACUGCGUAAGCGAAUUUGUGAAAACUUGUAAAACCCAAAACAUAUUCGCAAAAGAAGUUAAUAGUUCGGGAUUUGCAUUCCACUCCAAGUAUAUUGCUAAUGCAGAACCUAAGCUUCGUCAGUGUUUGGAAAAAAUACUAAUAACCCCAAAACCACGUUCCUCUCGUUGGAUCAGUUCUUCCAUUCCCGAAGAAUUCUGGAACACUCCACUUGCUCAGAUGAGUUCUAUCGAUUACCAUGUAAACAACUUAUUAUCGCCAGUUUUGUUCCAUGAAGCUCUCGCUCACAUACCCAAAGACGCUAUUGUUAUUGAAAUUGCACCUCAUGCAUUACUUCAAGCUAUUUUAAAGAGAUCACUUGGACCAGAAAAUGUAUGUGUUGGUCUUACUAAACGUUCAAUGAACCCCGAAGGAAAUAUUUCUAUUUUGCUUUCGGCCAUUGGAAAAUUAUAUAAUGCAGGACUUCAACCAAAAAUUAAAAACUUAUAUCCAACUGUGUCAUAUCCUGUAGCUCGUGGAACACCUAUGAUCCAAUCGUUGGUCGAAUGGGACCAUUCUGUGCAAUGGGCAGUGGCCAACUUUACUUCUAAAGAAGCUGGAUCUGGUGAAUCGGUCAUCAAAGUGAAUCUAGGUAUUGAAGAAGAUCAGUACUUGACUGGACACACCAUCGACGGCAGAGUAUUAUUCCCUGCUACAGGAUACUUGACACUUGUUUGGAGAACAUUCGCAAAAAUACAAAACAAAAACAUUGAAGACAUCCCCGUUGUUAUUGAAAACGUAAAACUUUUAAGAGCAACAAUUAUGCCUAAAGAAGGAGAUGUGAACUUCUCAAUAAACAUUUUCGAGGGAAGUGGCAAUUUUGAAAUCAACGAAGGAGGCUCCGUUGUAGUAACUGGACACAUAUCAGUUCUGAAUGAUACUGAUUCCGAACAACUAGAUGCUGAGCUACCUGUGGUUAAUAUUGAUAACAAUACAUUAUAUCUUAAAUCUGAAGACAUCUACAAAGAUUUGGGCUUGCGUGGAUAUGAUUACAAAGGAGUCUUUAGAGGAGUUAAAGAAUCUGACAGUAAAGGUAUUAGUGGGAGAUUGGAAUGGAUUGGAAACUGGAUCAGUUUUAUAGAUACAAUGCUUCAGUUCUCAAUAUUGGGUUUGAAAUUAAAAAGAUUAUAUUUACCAACAAGAAUACAAAAAAUCAUUAUCGAUCCAGCUAAGCAUUUACAACACAUACAAACUUUACCUGAAAAUAGCCCUGUUCCUGUGUACAUGUACAGAGAUCUUAAUGUUAUUAAAUCCGGUGGCGUUGAACUUUGUGGUUUGAAAACAAGUUUAGCCCCAAGGAGGCAACAAUCACAAGCGUCUCCAAAGUUGGAAAAAUACAUAUUUGUAUCAUACACUGAUCAAGAGAUUUCAUCAGUAACAGAUGUAACCAAUGUUUUUGCUGCUUAUCUACAAGUGGCUUUGGAAAAUAGUGCGGGUGCAAUGAAAGUGAAAGUAGUUGAGUUUGGAGGUGACAAACCAUUUGAAGGAAUAUAUAUGCCUACUGUGGUUAACAUAUUGGAAUCUGAACCUUUAAUAUCUUUGGACGCAAUGUUGGCUACAACUCAAAUACAAGCUUUGGCUCCAUUUUUGGGACCAAUGGAAAUAAAAAUGGUUAAUAAAUCAUUAGAAAAUGGUCCAAUUGAAUCCAACGCACAUGUUGCAAUAGCUUUUGAUAUUUUAAAAUCAGAAAAUCUACUGAAUAAUUUGGCAGAAACCGUGAAAGAUGGUGGUUUUAUACUGACAUCUGAAUCCAUUAAUGUGCCUGAAAGCGCUAUUGAGAAAAAUAAUCUUGUUUUAAUUAGCAAAUCAUCAGCUGAUGAUAGAAUAUUCUACUUACUAAGAAAGCUAAGUGAAAAAUUACCCGUUUCUGAAGUAAUUCAAGUAUCAGAAAAAUCAUAUGAAUGGGUUGAGACAUUAAAAUCAGCUCUUAAGACUGUUGAAACUGAUCCAAGCAAGAACAUAGUCCUAUACGCUCAAGGAGAAAGUACUAACGGAAUAAUUGGAUUAGUUAACUGUGUCAAACAAGAACCCGGUGGUAACAAUGUCAGAUCAGUGUUCAUUCAAGACCCCACAGCACCAAAGUUCUCAUUAACCGCUCCACUUUACGCAAAUCAAUUGAAAAAGGAUUUACUAAGCAACAUAUUGAAGCCUAAUGGAGUGUGGGGUUCAAUGAGGCAUUUGAAAUUAGAAAACCAACAGGAUAAACCAACAUUACAAGUGGAGCAUGCAUAUAUCAAUGCUCUGAUUCGUGGAGAUUUGAGUAGUUUGAAAUGGAUUGAAGGUCCAUUGAAAAAUUACAAACCCGAGUUUAAUCCUAGUACUGAAUUUUGUACUGUAUACUAUUCACCACUCAACUUCCGUGACAUUAUGUUAGCUUCAGGAAAACUUCCUCCUGAUGCAUUGCCUGGUGAUUUGGCAGAAGAAGACUGUAUUCUUGGAUUAGAAUUCUCUGGUCGUAAUUCUCAAGGUAAAAGGGUCAUGGGUAUGCUAGCUGCGAGAGGAUUAGCUUCGAGUGUUAAUGCGGAUCCACUUUUCUUGUGGGAAGUUCCGAGCAAAUGGACACUGGAACAGGCUUCGACAAUUCCCGUUGUUUACGGAACGGCGUAUUAUGCACUGUGCGUUAGAGGACAUAUGAAGCCAGGUGAUUCAUUAUUAGUUCACGCCGGUACAGGAGGAGUCGGCCAAGCAGCCAUCGCCAUUGCUCUUCAUAUGGGUGUCACAGUGUACACAACCGUUGGCAGCAAAGAAAAGAGAGAAUUCUUAAAAAAGACUUUCCCCGAGUUAUCUGAUAAAAAUAUUUCAAACUCUCGGAACACCAGCUUUGAACGUCACGUAUUAAGAGAAACCAAAGGACGUGGUGUUGAUUUAGUUUUGAAUUCACUGGCCGAAGAUAAACUUCAAGCAUCUGUUCGUUGUUUAGCUAAAGACGGUCGUUUUCUUGAAAUCGGUAAACUGGAUCUGUCCAACAAUAACUCACUAGGAAUGUCUGUUUUCCUAAAAAAUACUACUUUCCAUGGAAUUCUUUUGGAUUCGUUGUUCGAUAUUAAAUCUGCGAACAGUGAAAAGUUAGAGGUUGUUAAGUUGAUUAAUGAAGGUAUAAAGAAUGGCUCUGUGAGACCUCUUCCAGCUACAGUAUUCUCUGAAUCACAAGUAGAACAGGCGUUCAGAUUUAUGGGAUCCGGUAAACAUAUUGGAAAAGUAAUACUGAAAAUUAGAGACGAAGAGGCGACGGAAGUGGUUAUGCCUAUCAAAAAACUCUUCACUUCCGUUCCACGAUCGUACAUGGUUCCAGAGAAGUCUUAUGUUCUUGUCGGAGGUCUUGGAGGAUUUGGCUUAGAACUGGCCAACUGGUUGGUUACCAGGGGUGCCAAGAACCUUGUGCUGACUGCUCGAAGUGGUAUUACUACCGGUUAUCAAGCUUCACGCGUUAGUAACUGGAAAUCGGCUGGUAUCAAUGUACUGAUCUCUAAAUCUGAUUGUUCAACUUUAAAUGGAGCUCAACAAUUAAUCAACGACAGUAACAAAUUAGGCCCCGUUGGUGGAGUCUUUAACUUGGCUGCUGUGUUAAGGGAUGCAUUUUUAGAAAAUCAAACUCCACAAGAUUUCGAAAUUGUUAGCACACCUAAAGUCACCGGAACUAAAAAUUUGGAUAUUGUUACCAGAAAAUCUUGCCCUGAACUUGAUCAUUUUGUUGUAUUUUCAUCUGUAUCAUGUGGACGUGGUAAUGCUGGACAAACCAAUUAUGGUUUUGCCAAUUCCGUUAUGGAAAGGAUUUGUGAAGCUAGACAAGAUGCUGGACUGCCAGGAUUGGCUAUACAAUGGGGAGCAAUUGGAGAUGUUGGUCUUAUUAUGGAAACAAUGGGUGGAAAUGAAACAGUUGUUGGUGGUACAUUGCCUCAGCGUAUGACAUCAUGUUUGAGUUCAUUUGAUAUAUUUUUGCAACACUCACAACCAGUUUUGGCUUCAAUGGUGUUAGCUGAAAAGAGAGAGAAUGUUUCAGGUGGUGCUACUCAAGUGAGCCUAAUUGAGGCUGUUGCCAAUAUCCUUGGUAUCAAGGAUACCAAUAACAUAAAUCCAUCGGCAACCUUCGCUGAUUUGGGUAUGGACUCCUUGAUGGGAGCUGAAAUCAAACAGACACUCGAGAGGAAUUACGAUUUGAUGUUGGGUAUAGGAGAAAUUAGAGUUUUAACCGUUAAUAAAUUGCAGGGAUUCCAAAGUGGUGGUAACAUAGUUUCUAAUGAGCGACCGUAGCUACCGGUCAAGCUUAAAAAAUUUAUUUUCUAUAAGUUAUAAUAUGUAUAAGUUUUUUC